AUUCGAACAUUCAAAUUCAGAACUAUGAGAGAUAUGGUUAUAAUAUUCAGGUUUAUCUGCCUAAUACCAGUACAUGUACAUGUGCAUGUACCGGUAAAUGUACAUGUUUAUGUACAUGUACAAGUAUGUUACAGGUACCGGUAUAUGUACGUGCAUGGACAUAUACAUGUAUGUGGUCCAAAUGUCAUUAAAGGGACUGCAUGUACAGGUAUACAAUGCAAUCAGUUUACUACAGCCCAUGACAUUGCACCAUUGUGUUUCAAUUAACUUAUUUUCAGGUUUUGUGAAGUGCUACAUGUAGUUUUAGCUACGUGUUGGAGCCUGCUUGGUUUUUAGGCUAAUACAGUACAUACUGGUACAAAAUGGUGAUGUCAUCCCAGGCACUGAACAUAAAUGUUGCAUUGAUCAUGUUGAUUUGUGUUCAUGAAAACUGCUGGAUUUUGCAGUCAUAAAUUCUCACUUCUUAAAGAAAUUUAUUGUUGUGGAUGUAUUUACAGUGUACAUGUACCGGUAAGCCAGUGAUUAACCAUUGCUAAAAUCUUUUUCAUAGAGCAAGUAUAGACUUCAAAAUUUGAAUAUGGAAACAUUUGAAUUUAACAGUAUCUUACUGAUUUACAUGACAAUAACAAAGCCUCAGAUGUCUGGAAACGCUUGGCUAGUUCAUGCUUUAAAACUUGUGCACUUUUCAAUACAAACUCCAAAAAUCCUAGGUUUGAAUACCUGUACAUUGAAGAAGAUGAUAAAAUUGGACAAAAAGUGGAUCUUGUAAAACUUUAUUGCACGGAUCCUUUAAAUUCCAAAGUUCAACUAAUUGACCGCAGGCCCUUAUGUCAGGUAAACCCACACACUACAGCCUACCAGCAGCUUUGCACUGUAUGCAUGUAAAUGAACCUUACGAAGCAAAUUUGGCCUACUGAAUACCGGUUUAUUUUCAGUUAAUGUGUACAUGUAUUUGUAGAUUAUUGUUAUAUAACACACGAGUGCUUUGCACACUGAUGCAUACACCUCAGAGCAGACAGUACGGAAAUGUUGAAGUACAUGUAGAUGUAGAUGUAUGCGGCGGCUCUUGUGCAAGUUUGUCUCCAACAUUAUGGUGAACAACUAGAAGCUCUGGAGAUCUCUCAUCUCUUGCUUUGAAACGAGUCAGGUACUGGUAGCAGCGAGGAAUUUACGGAUAACUACCAGCUAGCCUUGCUGGAUCCACGACAGGAGAUGAAAGGGGAUGAGAAGCAACGGUUGCUGCAUGAAUCCUCCGACCAAGGUAGCCAGGACCAGGAGCACUUGAUAGAAACAGAUCCAGAGAAGCUUGGCAACUAUGAUGAGGCUUUGGAGAAGGCAGGGUUUGGCAAGUUUCACGUGUUGCUUGUGAUUCUGUGCGGCUGGGCCAAUGCCAGCGACGCAGUGGAGAUCCUGAGCGUCUCGUUCUUGUUGCCGGCAGCCGAGAAGGAUCUAGAGCUCACCAGCUACAGGAAGGGGGUCCUGAGUGCUAUCAUCUUCGUUGGCAUGCUGGUAGGGGGCUACAUGUGGGGAGCUCUGGCCGACAUCAAUGGACGUCGCCGGACGCUGCUGUUUUCCCUGACCACCAACGCUUUUUUCGGUCUCAUGUCCAGUCUCUCUCAAAUCUACUGGCUCUUCCUACUCAUGCGCUUCAUGAGUGGAGUUGGGGUCGGGGGUUCCAUACCGGUGAUUUUCUCCUACUGUGGAGAGUUUCAACCCAGGCAGAAGCGAGGCAUGAUGAUCUCGGUCGUAGCCAUGUUCUGGAUGGCUGGCAACAUAGUGGCGGCUGCCUUGGCACUUGUGGUCAUUCCUUCAGAUAUUGGUUACAGCAAUCCUGAUGGAUUCAGCUACAACAGCUGGCGAAUCUUUGUGGCUCUGUGUACCCUGCCAGCCCUCACCUCUAUCCUCACAUUCUUCCUGAUGCCAGAGAGUCCAAAAUAUUUGCUAGAGAAUGGUCGGGCUGAUGAAGCCCUGGAAGUUCUCAAGACGGUCUAUUCCUGGAACAAAUGGGAUGAUAGAGCCAACUAUCCUAUGGAAACCCUAAAGCCGUCCGGGAGGAGCAGGACUCUGCCAACUGAUCACGAAGGCCGGGGUUCCUGGCGGGACCGGCUGAUUGAAUCAGGAGAGAAUGUCAAGAUAUCUUUCCGGAUGACUGCCAAGCUCUUUCAGAAGCCGCUGACCUGGGCCACGGUACCUCUGCUGCUGAUCAUCUGGACCAUUUCAUUUGGUUAUUACGGACUGUGGAUGUGGAUGCCUCAGUUAUUUCUCCAGUCUGAGACGGGUAAUGGAUCCGUUUGCAAUGUGUCCCCUGAAGACGUGAACACUACUACGGGUGGGCUCCAACCUGGUGAUAGAAGCAUCUACCUGGAUUCCUUCUACACAAGUUUGUCCAAUCUGCCCGGCAACUUGGUAGCCAUUUUUCUAGUUGAUGUCCUCGGAAGGAAGACUUUAAUGUCUGCGAGUCUACUCCUGUCAGGCGUCAUUGUCUUCUUCAUCUGGUUUGUCAGCACCCGCCUAGAGGUGCUCAUCGUCUUCUGCUGCUUCGGUGGCGUGUCGGUCAUUACGUGGAACAUUCUCAACGUUUUAGCUGUUGAGAUCUACCCUACUCACAUGCGAUCCACUGCAUUUGGAGUGCAAGGCGUGGUCAACAGGGUAGCGUCCAUUGUUUCUAAUCUGGUCUUUGGGAUCCUGAUCCAGACACACUGCACUGUCAACAUCCUCCUGGUGGCGGCUCUGCUGAUAUUCGGCGGACUCAUGACAUUCACACUGCCGAGAACCACAAAGAUAUCGCUGCAGUAGAGCAGACAGCACACUCAGUGAAAGCGGUCAGGGCACAAAUCAGUAUGUUUGCUGCUCAGAGAUAGAGAGAGCUAAUCAGCAACUGGUAACCAGCCAGUGUGCACAUGUAUAACCUGUCACUGGUUCCCGGUUGACUUGUCCUGCAAGAAUAGAUGCUUGGCCAGGUGUUUUUUUUUUGCUAAGGAACUUUGUGAAUCUGGAACCAGGGUGUGUAUGGUUUGGUUACCCCUGAAAGAGUCCAACAGGAGGGGUUAUAGCAAAGUGAAAACAAAUCUUCUGCUGACCAGCUCAAAUGAACUGUGGUGCAUGUUAUACGUGUGCGUGCGCGUGUGGGACUGGUUCCGCAGUUUCGUUUUGUUCGAAUAGCAGACGAAUCGUUAGAAUACGCAGGCCUUGUUGCAGUUUGUUGGAACCUUAAAUGAGCACAUUUAGCUUAAUCAAGGAUCGGAAGUUAGUUCUUCACAGCUGACUGGAAAGCUUAAAAGCACUCAGGUUCAAGUUUGCACAAAUGGUGACAGGAUCGCAUAGUUCUUAAAGUCUUCCAUGUUUUUAAAUUGGUGAUUAGAAGCCUUGUGUAUAUAUUUUUGAUAUUCUAACAAAGGGCUUUGUCCAAUGUUUCUGAAGGUAUACAUCAAUACUGCUUGUUUUAUAAUAGUAGAUGUUAACCGUUGUAUUGCUGUAGCCUAUUAUAUGCUCGUUGAAGGGUUUUCAAUACCCAAGUUAUAACCAGUGAAUUGUGCACUUUGUGGACACGGAAAGGUUGCUGGGUGUGUUAUUGCUGGGUGUGUUGCUGGGUGUGUUUUUUUUUUUACUGAGAUGGCCACAAAAGACAGAUUAAAGUUACAUAAGCAACUCAUGGAAGAGAUUUUGUACGCGCUCCUUGAGGAUGACAAAGUGCAGAACAAGUUGAGGUUUCACAACGUUUUGGCUUCCACACGGGUGAUGACAUGAUGAAGUGAGGCCUGAGCCUACCAAAGCCACAGCCAACUUGUCUGAGGAGGUCCUGGGCACACCUGUUUGCUUUAAGUGCAAAUCAGUGAUUAAGGGGGUCAGUGUCCCGGAACCAUUGCCCCUGGCAGUUUGUAGGCUCAUAAGCACUGUGUUGCUUGUGCUGAAGCACUUGGGAACUGUUCAACUAGGGGAAAUGUUCUGGCGCUGGAAAGCCCCCAAUCUGCUGGUUCUUUUACAGAAAGGAGCACUUUGCAUUUCAUGGCCAAGUGCCAGCUUAUAGUCUGUACUUCUACCAAUGAAUCUGACAGGCAGUAUUGGCUCCAGAUCUGUGAAAAGGGAGGCAAUGCCUUGACAAAUGAAAAUGCUCCCAAGAUAUACUCCAAAUUAGUUGUGUAUUGUAGAAGAUAUAGCACUGUGUAAAUAAUAUUUCUCUUAUGUAUUGCUUAUAUUAAGCUUGGCUGAAUUCAAAUUUUUUAUCCUAAGAAGGCCCCAACUUUUUUCAGGCCAUCUCACAGUGUUUCUUUUGGGGGGAGGUUCCCUGAAUUCGGCCGUCCAAAAUACUGUCAGAUUGAUUACAAGACAUUACUGGAAAAACUGAAGGCUCCAUAUAGAGAAAAAGUGCAUUAAGACACUGUAUGAGAAAAAGUUGGGGGGGGGUUAGAUUCUGCCCACAAGCUCUUCCAGGGUUUAUCAUUGACAUUCCUGUGUGUUUAAUCUGUUGCAUCAAGUCUGAAAUCAAGAUAAUGAUUCAAGCAUCUCUAGAAUUUGAAACCAAGAAUAUGGAGGUUGUGAAAGUAUUGGCUGGUAUGAUACUUUUGUACUUAUACUCAUAAAAACUGGGACCUGUAGCCUUUUACCAUGAAUAUUUCUAUAUAUAUAUAUAUAUAUAUAUAUAUGAUGUAUCAAAUUGAUUGUUAAUCUUUAAAGAGAUAGUACUAUCUGUAGAUAACAUGAACUAUUUUGCAUCAAUUUUAUAAUGAUGUCUUGUAUACUGACGCUAGUGAUGUACUUUUAUCUGUGUAGUGCAAUUGUGAAUGGCGGUUGACGGCAGUAUAUUUUUAUAGGUGAAAAUCUGUGGGGUAGUUUUUAAAGGGGGAGAAAUUAACCUGGAUGCUGGAGAAGUUGCAAAUGUGGUUUGAUUCAAGGCUUGGGGUCUGAUCACUGAUUACGGAUGGAGCAAAAGAUGAAGGCGAACUAGAUUCUUUAUCAAUUUUAAAAGCGUUCAGUGAUCUCUUUUUCCCCGUUCGCUCACAAAGUCAAGACAUGUCAGGUAUUGACAGAUACCAUGAUACCUUCAGGUCACAAAUGUGAAUGCAAGUCAGAGAUUAUUGUUUUAUUGUUGUAUCUCUAUUUUUUCUGUGACUGUUGUAGUUUGCUUGUUGUGUUAUAUACCCCCCCUCUGGCCAUGUGUUUAUCUGGUCAAUAUUUGCUUCAGAAUCUCCUUAACCUUGAGAUUGUGUGCACGGUGUGCGCUGCACCGCACAGCACAGAAUGAAGUGGUUCAAAGUGGUGGUUCGGUAGACGGAAAAGGAGGACACGUAGAAUGACGUGCAUCAUAUGCAUAUGACGCUCAGAAAAUGUACGGUACGCAUUCUAUGCGUCCUGAGCGUAAGAUGCAUAUGACGCACGUCGUUCUGUGUGUCCUUUUCCUUCUACAUGGUAGUUCACAGGCUGUAAAAAAAGCCAUCUGAUGGGGUUUUUACCAAUAGGGAAAAGGUCAAAGUGACCGAGGUAAUUAUAGAAAAAGGCAGUUGUAAAAGUGUAAAUAAAAAUGAAAUGACAAGAUGGAUUCCAUAAUGGAAGUGUAGAUGCUGGUUGGGGUCAACAGCAACGCAACGGUUUUAAAUGUGGGGGAGGGGGCAGCUCCAGCCAUUUAACUGAAAAGAAUGCAACUAUGAAGUUGCAAUGUACUUCCAACUGCUGGUAGUGGGGGAGGGGCAAAAUAACUACCUUUUCAAAGGUGGGGGGGGCAUGGGCCCCCAGCCCCGUCACCAGUGGUCGGGAUAGUAGUUGGUGGGGGCUUCCGAACAAGAUCACUACCGAAAUGCAUUUGUAGAGGUGAUUUGGGGCAUGUGUACAUGUAUGUGCAAUUUGAAAGGGAGUAAGGUGGAGACACAUGUACCAUAGAUAGGUUAUCAGACAUUAUAUGACAAAUCUGUCUUCCAAUUUUGAAAUGAGCAAAAUGAGAAACCUGAAAAGCAACACGCCAAACUGAUAAUAAAGAAACCAGACUAACGA